ACAGAGGAGGAAGCAGUGGCCCCCAUAGUAGUGGAAGCUGUGAUCCUCACAGUGGAAGAGGGUGAAGUACAGAAAGCAGAAACUGUGACCCCCAUAGCACAGGAAGCAACAGUGGAGGGGGACGCAGGGCAAAAGGUGGAGGUUGUGACCCCCAGAGAGGAUGAAGUGGUGAACAUCAGGGCAGAAGAGGGUGAAGCAGGCAAAGCUAUAACUGUAGAGGAAGGAACAUCCGAGAGUCAGGACAUUGUUAGUCCAGCUCAGGUACAGUUGGAAGUGAUUCAGGAUCCUUUAGAACUUGACCGCAGUCCCGGGAAUGUCAGUGCCGAUGACAGUGCUGCAGUACAAGAAGACAAAGAAGAAGAGAAAGAAAGCAGUGAGAGCAGUGAAGGGACAUCCAGCAGUGAUGAGGAGGAGGAAGAGAAGAAGAAGGAACUGAAAGAAGCAGAGGAAGAUAGAACAGGAGAAAAUGAAGAUGAGGAGCAGAAGGUGGCUGAGGAAGAAUCCACGGAGCAGCUAGAAGCUGAUACGAAUACAGAGGAGCCAGGCAAGGAAGUUUUAGAAAGUGUGGCUGAUGAGGAAGCAUCUCAAGCAGCCAGUGAAGAAGAGAAACCAGAAAUGGACCCACAGGAAGGAGAUGCAGAGAAGCCAGGAACCGUGGCAGAUGCCCCACUGGAAGAACCUGACAGUACACUGGACACCACAGCACCAGCGGAGAGCCCCCCAGCACAGGACUAUACUGUCCUAGAAGAAGAGGCUGACCUGCAACAAGUCAUUGAAGAAGCUCCUACAGAGGAGGCCGAAACCAAGGACACCCCGACACAGAUUCUUCCAGAAGAGGAGGCCCAGCCAGAAGGUCCUGAUGCCGGGGAGGACACAACUAUAGGAGACGAGAUUAGGGAAAAUGGAACCAGUCCUGCAAGCGUCCCAGAAACCCCAGUGGAGAGCAGUGACCUACCCCAGGAACACGACAUUUCCCUGUUUGUCAAGGCCGGUAGUGACGGUGAAAGUAUCGGCAACUGUCCAUUUUCUCAACGCUUGUUUAUGAUCCUGUGGCUAAAGGGCGUCAUUUUUAAUGUCACCACAGUGGAUCUGAAGCGGAAACCAACAGACUUACAGAACUUGGCUCCGGGAACGAACCCUCCUUUUAUGACGUUUGAUGGGGAAGUGAAAACUGAUGUGAAUAAAAUCGAGGAGUUUCUGGAAGAGAAACUGACAGUACCAAGGUAUUCCAAGCUUGCCCCAAAACACCCGGAAUCCAAUUCAGCAGGAAACGACGUGUUUGCAAAGUUCUCAGCCUACAUCAAAAACCCCAGGAAGGACUUAAAUGAAACUCUAGAGAAAAGCUUGCUGAAGUCCUUAAAUAAACUGAAUGACUUUUUGAAUUCACCUUUGCCUGAUGAGAUCGAUGCAUACAGCAUGGAGGAAGUCCUGGUGUCCAACAGGAAGUUUUUGGAUGGGAAUGAGCUGACGCUAGCAGACUGCAACCUUCUACCAAAACUGCACAUUCUAAAGGUGGUAGCCAAGAAAUUCCGAAACUUUGACAUUCCAGCAGAACUGACGGGGAUCGGGAGAUAUUUAAAGAAUGCGUAUGCCAGAGAUGAGUUCAGCAACACAUGCCCGGCAGACUACGAGAUUGAAUAUGCGUAUUAUGGUGUCGCCAAAAGAAUGGGGUCAUAGAUCGUCUCAGUGGGGAUCAUUUUCAUGAGGUGUUGGUUAAGAAGGGGUUGUUUACCUCAGGUAUAAAACCAAGAAGAUACGGGAGACGUUUAUGGGUGGAGCGUGAUUAGGGGACCUUGGAAUACUAAACCUGUCUAAAUACUAUCCUCCUGAAGAUAUCACUGAGAAGAUCAGCCAACACUCCUUUCCGCUUACAAUUCCAACUGUCUGUGCUGCCAUUUUCUGAAACAGGAAUGGGG